GGACAAUAAGGCAUUUUACUGUUCAGUUCAUUGUAGUCUCCUUGGUGAGAUUGUUAUACUAUGUACUAAUGCCAAGGUGUUGCUUCGCAAUUGUCUCGCUUUUGUGAUGAGAACCAGCAUUUUUUACGUACCAGAAAGGAGUAUAGAGCCUUGUCGUUAGGAAUAAAGUGAAGAACAAUUGGACAUGGUAUAGCAAGGGGUGUUGGCAGUACGUAACCUGAGGCGCGACAAGAGUACCGUCGAGCUCGGCCAACCACAGACAGCAGAGAAAAGUGGCUGAAGCAGGAUCAAUUAAUGAUUGCCAGAACAUUCUCGAAGUGGCAGGAAGGUAUAGCGACCCAGCUGCGGCGGCAGAGUGAGGCAAACACGGUCGCCCGCCUUCGCGCGGUGCCCUGCGACUGGCCCUUGACUUUUUUUGGGCGGAACUCGCAGGCCAGCACUAAACUGGAAAACUGGCAUCUGACUUUUCCUGUCGCUACGUUGAUGUACUGCAGUGCUGCCACAGUACUAACUUAAGCGUACCGCCGCAGUGACGAACGAAAGAUAUUGAUUCUUCACGUUGAUUCUUCCGACGCUUGGCCACCACAACACCCAUCUCACCACAUUCAUAUUCUUGGUCGCGUUUACCUCCUCCCUUCCUUCUUGCUGAAACAGAAUCAGCACAUCUGCGAAAUCACACCGCACUUUUCCUAGACUUCUUCCGAACAAGAUCCGCAGACAUGAGCGUUGUCGGGAUAGAUUUUGGUGCUCAGAGCACAAAGAUUGGAGUUGCACGCAACAAGGGAAUAGACAUCAUCACGAAUGAAGUCUCGAACCGAGCCACACCAUCUCUAGUCGGUUUUGGACCGAAGAGCAGAUACCUGGGCGAGGCAGCCAAAACCCAGGAGAUCUCCAACCUCAAAAACACCAUCACCUCCCUCAAGCGUCUCGCCGGCCGGACCAUCGAUGACCCCGAUGUCGCCAUUGAGCAACAAUAUAUUACCGCGCCGCUGGUGGAUGUCAACGGCCAGGUUGGAGCGGAGGUCACAUACCGUGGGGAGAAGCGUCAGUUCACUGCUGUGCAGCUGAUUGCCAUGUUCCUGGGAAAGAUCCGCGACACCGCGAGCCGAGAGUUGAAACUCCCAGUUUCCGAUGUCGUCGUCAGCUGCCCCCCGUGGUUCACCGACGCCCAGCGACGAGCCAUGCUAGAUGCCACCGAGAUCGCCGGCCUGAAACUCCUCCGUCUCAUUAACGAUAACACCGCUACUGCUCUCGGAUGGGGUAUCACCAAGUCAGACCUGCCGGAAGGCGAUGCGAAGCCGCGUCGGGUAUGCUUUGUGGACGUUGGCUACAGCGACUACAGCGUCUCGAUCGUGGAAUUCCGCAAGGGAGAACUGUCUGUCAAGUCGACCGCUUUCGACCGACACUUCGGUGGCCGCAACAUCGACAAGGCGCUGGUCGACCACUUCGCCGCUGAGUUCAAAGAGAAAUACAAGAUCGACAUCACCACCAAUGCCAAGGCGUACACUCGUGUUGCAGCUGCGGCUGAGAAGCUCAAGAAGAUUUUGUCGGCCAACGCUCAAGCACCUAUCAGCAUUGAGUCGUUGAUGGAAGACAAGGAUGUCAAGGGCAUGCUGAAGCGUGACGAGCUGGAAGAGCUGAUCAAGCCUCUGCUCGACCGAGUCACCGCACCCUUGGAACAGGCCCUGGCCGAAGCCAAACUCAAGGUCGAGGAUAUCGACGUCAUUGAAAUGGUUGGCGGCAGCACUCGUGUCCCGGCCAUCAAGGAGAGGAUUGCUCAGUUCUUCGGCAAGCCGCUCUCUUACACUCUCAACCAAGAUGAGGCCAUCGCUCGUGGUUGUACCUUCAGCUGCGCCAUUCUGUCGCCCGUCUUCCGUGUCCGUGAUUUCUCCGUCCACGACAUUGUCACCUACCCGAUCGAAUUCACCUGGGAGCAAUCUCCUGACAUUCCAGAUGAAGAUACCAGCUUGACUGUCUUCAAUCGGGGCAACGUCAUGCCAUCCACCAAGAUCCUCACCUUCUACCGCAAGCAACCGUUCGACUUGGAAGCUAGAUACGCCAAGCCCGAACUGCUGCCCGGAAAGAUCAACCCAUGGAUUGGCCGCUUCUCGGUCAAGGGUGUCAAGGCUGAUGAGAAGGACGACUUCAUGAUUUGCAAGCUCAAGGCACGCAUGAACCUGCACGGUAUCCUUAAUGUGGAGAGCGGUUAUUAUGUCGAAGAUGUCGAGGUCGAGGAGCCGGAACCGGAGAAACCAAAGGAGGGCGAUGCUAUGGACACCGACCAACAGAAUGGUUCCGCCGAACAGAAGCCCAAGAUGCGCAAGGUCAAGAAGCAAGUUCGCAAGGGAGAUUUGCAGCUCGUUGCUGGCACUUCGUCUAUGGACGAGGCUGCCAAGGCUGCUGCUGGCGAGCUCGAGAAUGCCAUGUUCAUGGAGGACAAGCUGGUGACCGACACCGAGGACAAGAAGAACGAACUGGAGUCGUUCAUCUAUGAGCUCCGUGGCAAGCUUGACGACGUCUACUCGGAGUUUGCCAGCCCAGAGGAGAAGGAGAAGAUCCGAAACGUCUUGGAGAAAGCAGAGGACUGGCUCUACGAGGAUGGAGAAGAUGCCACCAAAGCACAAUACAUUGCCAAAAUGGACGAGAUCCGCUUCGCUGCCGGUCCCGUGAUUGGACGGUAUCAAGAAAAGAUCGAGGCGGAACGCCAAGCAGCCCUCAAAGCACAGGAAGAGGAAGCCGCCAGAAAGAGAGCCGAGCUGGAGGCCAAGAAGAAGGCUGAAGAAGAGGCUAAAAAGGCUGAAGAGGCCAAGAAGGGCGGCCAGCCAGCAACAGAGGACACGGAGAUGAAGGAUGCUGACGGCGAGGCUGUCAAGCCGGACUCUGUGGAGGAGAAGUAAACGGCUUCUUCUUGAGUCAAAGUUGUCACGAACGGGACGAACCGAAAGCGAACCCAUGGAUUCUAAGUUCUAGUAGAUGAUCGUCGUUGAAACGGGCAGAUAAUGGAACGAAAAGGGCUUUAUGGAUCGACGUGUCGACAUGUCAUGCAUAGCGGAUGGAACCGAUUUUGCCGGCGUUUCGGAGGCAACAAAUAGAUAGACGAUGGAUGCCAGUUGUGCUGAUGACGGUGUUUUUCUGUUCCUGUUCCUGUCCCCGUGGUCUGGUUGGAAUUACAGUGUGAUUUCACCGACCGGCUAAUAAGUCCUCGUAGUAGCAGCCAGUCUGGCAUACUGCAAUGAAGUGAUUGAGGUGAACUCGAUGUUCAAUGAUGACUUGCAGACAAACAUUGCCUGAAC